GCGGCCGCGGCCGCCCGGGGGGCUGGUGCUGCUGUGUGACGGCGCGGGCGAACAAUCAGGCGGUGGUCGGGGUCGGGGACUCGGGUGCUCGGCGUCUGCUCCCUCAACAAGAGUACUUUCGUCCAGCUGCAGAGAAAAAACCCAAUUUAAAGAUGUCUGAAAGAAAAGCUGUCGUUAAGAAUGCUGACAUGCCUGAAGACAUGCAGCAGGAAGCUGUGGAGUGUGCUACUCAGGCACUAGAGAAGUACAACAUUGAGAAGGACAUAGCAGCUUACAUCAAGAAGGAAUUUGACAAAAAGUAUAAUCCCACAUGGCAUUGUAUUGUGGGCAGAAACUUUGGCAGCUAUGUGACUCAUGAAACAAAACACUUCAUCUAUUUCUACCUGGGCCAGGUAGCCAUUCUUCUGUUUAAAUCUGGCUGAAGAUGCUUAACUGAGGCUUUCAAAUGAAGUUGAUCCAAGUGUAAGACUAAAGAGAACUGUUCCUUCUGUUUUGAUCAAUCUACAAAGGGAAACACGAGGAAGAAUAUGCCCUAUGUAAUUUCUAGCAUGGUGCACCUAAGGCCUUUAUUUCCCCCCUGAGUCAUUCUACAAUAGGUCACUGUUUUCUGAUGACUUGUAUGUAUUUUCUUGUCUUUUUUUCCAACAUUUCCAGUUCAAUAAAUGAAUUUUGAUAUCA